GCGGCUGCCAUGAGCCUGGAGGCCAUCCGCUACCGCCGCGGCUCCCUGCACAUUCUGGAUCAGCUGCUGCUCCCUCAGCAGAGCCACUAUGAGCCCGUGGCCUCGGUUCGCCAAGGCUGGGAGGCCAUUCGAGCUAUGAAGGUCCGGGGGGCUCCAGCCAUCGCCAUUGUGGGCUGCCUGAGCCUGGCGGUAGAGCUGCAGGCCGGGGGCGGUGGCCCGGGCCUCCAGGCCUUGGUGGCCUUCGUGCACGAGUCACUCCGCUAUCUGGUCACUGCUCGCCCCACGGCAGUCAACAUGGCGCGGGCUGCCCGGGAGCUGUCAGACUUCACUGACCGGGAGGCCAGACGUGACGGGGCCACUGAAGACGGCGUCCGAGAGAGUGUGAUCUGCUGGGCCGAGAACAUGCUGGAGAAGGACAUUGGUGACAACCGGAAAAUUGGUGACCACGGAGCCCAGCACAUCUUGGAGAGGGCAGCGCCCAGAGGGGGCAAAGUCACCGUGCUGACCCACUGUAACACGGGUUCACUGGCCACUGCCGGCUACGGCACUGCCCUGGGCGUGAUCCGCUCAUUGCACAGCCUGGGGCGUCUGGACCACGUGUACUGCACGGAGACGCGGCCCUACAACCAGGGAGCUCGGCUCACCGCCUACGAGCUGGUGUACGAGAAGAUUCCCGCCACCCUGAUUGCCGACAGCAUGGUCUCUGUGGCCAUGGCCCAGAGAAGUGUGUCAGCAGUCGUCGUGGGAGCAGAUCGCGUAGUAGCCAACGGUGACACGGCCAACAAGGUGGGCACUUACCAGCUGGCCAUUGCCGCUAAGCACCACGGAAUACCGUUCUACGUGGCGGCCCCCAGCACCUCGUGUGACCCGAGCCUGCAGUCGGGCAGGGAAAUCGUCAUCGAGGAACGGCCCGAGCGGGAAUUAACAGACCUCAAUGGUGUCAGGAUCGCCGCGCCAGGGAUCGGGGUUUGGAAUCCAGCCUUUGAUGUCACCCCCCACGAACUCAUCUCCGGUGGCAUCAUCACCGAACAUGGCGUCUUUUCCCCCGAGGAGCUGCAGGCAUCUCUGACUUCAGUCGCAUCCUGAGAGGGCUUGAACCCCUUGCAGUAUCUCUGGUCGUGACCCUCCCCAUUCCCUUUUCCCCAAAGCAUUUUAAUAAACAAACUUUAUUUUGGUUUUUA